GGGCAGACUUAGCGGCCCCGCGACGAACGGCGGUUUCCCCACGCGCGGCCGAGGACCUCCACGGCGGUUGGGGGCCCCCAAAAUAAUAAAAAAAAAGGGCGGGAAAGGGAGAGGUGGAAGACCCACGGGGCCUCCAUCUCGGCAGGCAACCGUCCGAUCGUGAAGAGCCGAAGUACCCACUCGCCCCCCGAGAAGUAGCUGUGGAGAAGCCCGUCGUCGCCCCUCUUCGGGAGGCCCGUUCGGAAGACUCCAGCCGAAGAAGUGAACCCGCCUUGUUCCGAUAGGACGGCGAAAAUGGCUUUGAGACGGAUCACUCAGGAGACCUUUGACGACGUAGUGCGGGAAAACAUCACAGAGUUUGAAAUGGACCCGGACGAAGCCCUGAAAGAAGCCGUCGAACAGUUUGAAUCCCAAGGCGUUGACCUGAGUAACAUCGUGAAGGCUGUUCGGAAACCCGCCGCCGAUGAUGGUGCCCAGGAGCCCAAACACGCCGUCUUACAGAUACUUGACGAGCUCCGGAAAUCCGUGGACUCUUCGGCCCCCCGGGAGCUAGCCGAACACCUCGUCCGCUUUAGCGACCAGUGCGAGCGGCAGGCGGCGGCCCGUUUCCUGGCCGCCCAGAAAGGCGCUUACCCCAUCGUGCUCGCCGCCUGCCAGCUGGCAGCCUCGGGGGGCCGGGGCUUCUUGCCGGAGGCCCUCGGUGCCCUGUCCGCCCUGACUGACGGUCAGCCGGACCUCCUGGAGCCCAAGGGGCUGCAGCUUUUGGUGGCCGCGUUGGAGGAGAACGGAGCCGAGGCCGAAGCGACCGCCGCCGGGCUCCGCUGCGUCCGUCACGCGAGCCUGAAGCACGAGCGGAACCGGCAGGACUUGGUGAAGGCCGGGGUCCUGCCGCUGCUAACCGGGGCCAUCGAGAGGCACGGCCGCCGGGCGGAGGUGAUCAAAGCGGCCUGCUCGGCGCUCAGGGUCAUGACGCUCGACGACGAUAUCCGCGUGCCCUUCGGCCACGCUCACGAGCACGCCAGGAUGAUCGUGCGGGAGAACGGCGGCUUGAAGGUUCUCAUCGAGGCGGCCAAAGCUUUCCCGGCUGACUCGGCGGUCCUCAGCGAACUCUGCGGCACCCUGUCGCGCCUGGCUGUCCGAAACGAGUUCUGUCAGGAGAUCGUGGACCUGGGUGGCCUCAGCUUCAUGUUGACGCUCCUGGCAGACGGCGUUGACCAGCAGGACUUGGUGAAGCAGGUGCUGAGUGCCCUCCGGGCCAUCGCGGGCAAUGAUGAUGUGAAGGACGCCAUCGUCAAUGCAGGCGGAACGGACCUCAUUGUUCUGGCCAUGACCCGCCAUCUCGCCAGUCCCCAGAUUUGCGAGCAAAGCUGCGGGGCCCUGUGCAUGCUGGCACUGCGCAAACCUGAGAACAGCAGAGCGAUCGUGGAAGGUGGAGGGGCCUUGGCGACACUGCAAGCCAUGAAGGUGCAUCCAAAGGAAGUCGCCGUGCAGAAACAAGCGUGCAUGUUGAUCCGCAACCUCGUCGCCCGGACCCAGGGCUUUUCCCGGCCCAUUCUGGACAUGGGGGCAGAGACGCUCAUUGCCAAAGCCCGGGCCACCCACCGGGACUGUGAUGACGUGGGCAAAGCUGCUCUCCGGGAUCUAGGUUGCCAGGUUGAGCUGCACGAGCUCUGGACCGGCCAGAAGGGAAGCCUGGCUCAGUGAUCUGUUGUCCCGGCAACCAGCUAAACCCCCCCUGCUCACAGGAGAAAGGACCUGGGAGAACAAACAGAGCCGUUCAUCUGGAACUGCGGCUCUGGGCUUUCCCGGCCUCUUGCAUCCACUGAAUUGAGCCACAGUGCCGUAUAGAUUAAGUAAAACAACUGCUACCUUCCAGACGAGUCAUCAGUACUUUGUUAAUUCGUGAUUUGGUGGUGGUUCCUGGUCAGCUGCUGCCCUAAUCUUAGGCUGAAGGAGUAUAAAACACCCUGUGCCACAUGUGUAGUUACUAAGUAUUCAAACGAGGAUUUUCCGGGAACUGCUUUGUUCAUUUUUAAAGUCUAGUAUUUCAACCACCAUCUAUAACUCUUGGAAAACUAUAAAUCAUUUUUUCCCUC